CGGUACGUGGACUUCUUUCCCUUUUCACAAUCCUCAACCUUCAAUCCGCAUCUCCCUUCUCGCCGGUUCAAGGAACAUCCUCUUCACACACAAUCACCAUCAUGGAUCAGGCAAAGUUGGCUCGCAUGCAGGCUAGCGUGCGGAUUGGAGGCAAGGGCACUCCCCGCCGCAAGGUCAAGAAGGUCCACAAGUCUUCCGGUGCCGACGACAAGAAGCUCCAGACCACCCUGAAGAAGAUGAACGUCCAGCCCAUCCAGGCCAUCGAGGAGGUCAACAUGUUCAAGGAGGACGGAAACGUCAUCCACUUUGCUGCUCCUAAGGUCCACGCCGCCGUCCCCUCCAACACCUUCGCUCUCUACGGUAACGGCGAAGAGAAGGAACUCACCGAGCUCGUCCCCGGUAUCCUGAACCAGCUUGGCCCCGACAGCCUCGCCUCCCUCCGCAAGCUCGCCGAGAGCUACCAGAACAUGCAGAAGAACCAGGCCGGUGCCGAGGGCAAGAAGGAUGAUGAUGAGGAUGAUAUCCCUGAUCUGGUUGAGGGCGAGAACUUCGAGAGCAAUGUCGAGUAAAAACUUUGAACCAUAUCAUAUCAUAUCAUAUCAUGGGCUUUUUUAAUUGAUUGAUAUAAAAAUGUGAACAAAAGACAUCAAAACAGGCUUUCUAUGUGCUUUUUUAUUUCUUCAUCUUGGCCGGUUGGCGAUGGAUUCCAUUUUGUUUCCUUGGAAGUUGGAUUUCCGGGUUGAAGAUUUAUGGAUCAUGACGGGUGGUUGUGCUAUUGGGACCAUGAUCGCGAGUGGCGCAAUGGGUGAAUAUGAUGUCUUCAGCAUUUUAUGAGAACGUACUCAGGCAGUACUGUCAGGUUCUACAAAAGGGUAAUAGCUUGUCGCAAACCAUUGAGUGACAUCUGUAUAAAUUCUUUGGUACUGUAAUACUAUAAAAACGUGUGGACAAGGGU